GAGUGUAUUGGUCCGCCGCACAUGUGGUAGACCUACCGGUGUGUGUGUGGGCCAGGCCGCUCCGCUCCUCUCUUAACGUCGCUCCUCUCGCUUAAACACCCUCCCCGAGAUUAUGGAACAGGUCAUACAAAUCCUCGAGAAGACCACAUCUCCUGAUAAAAAUGAGCUGGAAACUGCCCUAAAAUACCUGGAACAGGCUGCUCAGGCGAAUUUGCCAGAAUAUGUGAAAGUACUCAGCGAUGUCCUCCACCAUGGGGGCAAUUCUACUGUGGCUCGUAUGGCUGCUGGUAUUCAGCUGAAGAAUACUUUAGCCUCUAAUGAUGCCAAAGUUAAAAUACAGUACCAACAGCGCUGGUUGGCGUUUUUGCCAGAUGUCAGGGACUAUGUUAAGAGUAAUGUUGUUGGGGCACUGGGCACAGAACAGAAUCGGCCAAGUUCUGCAGCUCAGUGUGUGGCCUACAUUGCCCUUACAGAAAUUCCUGUGGGGCAAUGGCCAGACCUUAUUGAUAGGUUAGUGGCCAAUGUGACCGCACCCGGGGCAACAGAUAUGACCAAAGAAUCUACAUUAGAAGCUAUUGGAUAUAUAUGUCAGGAUAUUGAACCCGAAGCAAUAGCAGCCCAGAGUAACAACAUACUUACUGCUAUUGUCCAUGGAAUGAAACGAGACGAACCAAAUGAUCACGUUAGACUAGCAGCCACAACAGCCCUUCUCAAUUCUCUGGAAUUUACUAGACAAAACUUUGAAAGAGAUGCGGAACGGCAUUUCAUCAUGCAGGUGGUGUGUGAAGCUACACAAUCAACUAACACCCAAAUUAAAGUGGCGGCAUUACAAUGUCUGGUGAAGAUCAUGUCGCUAUACUACCAGUAUAUGGAACACUACAUGGGUCCUGCUUUAUUUGCAAUUACACUAGAAGCAAUGAAGAGUGAUAUUGAUGAAGUGGCACUGCAGGGCAUUGAGUUUUGGUCCAAUGUUUGUGAUGAAGAAGUGGACCUGGCUAUUGAGGCUUCUGAGGCUGCUGAACUUGGCCGUCCACCAGAGAGGACCUCCAGGUUUUAUGCUAAAGGUGCUCUACAGUACCUUGUACCAGUGUUGAUGAUGACAUUAAGCAAGCAGGAAGAGGCAGAUGAUGAUGAUGAGUGGAACCCAUGUAAAGCAGCUGGUGUGUGUGUGAUGCUGUUGGCUACCUGCACGGAAGAUGAUAUUGUUCCACACGUUCUUCCGUUUGUCAAGGAAAACAUCAAGCACUCCAACUGGAGACUGCGGGAUGCUGCUAUUAUGGCAUUUGGUUCCAUCUUGGAAGGUCCAGAUCCUACUAAUCUGAAACCUAUGGUUGAGCAGGCAAUGCCAACUUUGAUAGAGGCCCUUAGUGAUACUUCGGUAGUUGUGCGGGACACUACUGCCUGGACCUUGGGUCGUGUCUGCGAACUGAUUCCUGAUGCUGCAUGCAAUGAUACAUAUCUCAAAUUGUUGUUGGAAGCACUUGUGCACAGCCUCAAAGGAGAGCCUCGUGUUGCGUCGAAUGUUUGUUGGGCACUCAGUUCCUUGGCAGAAGCUGCAUAUGAACAAGCUGACACGGGUGAAGUGGAUGGCGAGCCUCCCACUUAUUGUCUUUCUGCUUUCUUUGACCCCUUAGUAGAUGUGCUGUUGCAGACAACUGAUAGAGCAGAUGGUAAUCAGUGCAAUCUCCGCAAUGCAGCAUAUGAGGCUCUUAUGGAACUUAUGAAAAACUCGCCACACGAUUGCUAUCCCACUGUUCAAAAGACCACAAUGAUAAUUUUGGAAAGGUUGCAGCAAGUUCUUCACAUGGAGUCACAAGUUCAAUCCCACAGUGAUCGUGUUCAAGUUAAUGAUAUCCAGUCCUUGUUGUGUGCCACGCUGCAGUCUGUACUUCGUAAAGUAACCCCUGAAGAUGCUCCAAAGAUCAGUGACCCUAUUAUGGCUGCUUUGCUACAGAUGUUCCAAACAUCACAGGGCAAGUCUGGAGGUGUUCAGGAGGAUGCACUUCUUGCCGUUUCUACACUCAUUGAAGUACUUGGGCACAAUUUUUUGAAAUAUAUGGAUGCAUUCAAACCUUUCUUGGCUUUGGGUUUGAGGAAUGUUGAUGACUUUCCAGUGUGCUCUGCAGCUGUUGGCGUCACAGGAGAUAUAUGCCGUGCUCUUGGAGAUAAAGUAGAGCCGUUCUGUGAUGAACUAAUGUCCAUGCUGGUCGAAAAUCUUGGCAACAAUAACGUUCACCGAAAUGUUAAACCCACAAUCUUGUCGGUAUUUGGAGAUAUGGCUCUGGCACUGGGACCUAAAUUUACCAAAUAUUUAGAUGUUGUUCUUCAAAUGCUUCAUCAGGCAUCACAGGCCCAGGUUGACCGCUCUGACUUCGAUAUGCUAGACUACCUUAAUGAACUGCGUGAAACCUGCUUAGAAGCUUACACUGGCAUUGUCCAGGGAUUGAAAGGAGACGGUCCAGCACCCAAGCAAGAAGUGCAACUACUACGUACACAUGUGCCCCACAUGAUAACAUUCAUAACAUCGGUUGCAGCAGAUGAUGAGAAGUCGGAUCCUGUUGUUGCAAGUUCUGUUGGACUGAUAGGAGACCUUUGUUCCGUGUUUGGGGCCGACAUGCUACAGUUGGUCGAGACGGAUCCCAUCACCAGUCUUCUUUCACAAGGCCGACGUUCUAAAACUUCAAAGACAAAGACAUUGGCCAUGUGGGCAACGAAAGAGAUUCGACGCCUUAAAAACAACAGCAGUUGUGUGUCAACGUGUGCCUUUGGCAGUCGGGAAUCUCGUGUUGCUUUGUGUACCUGAUCAAGCAGUUAUGACACCAAAUGAGUGCGGAGUAUAGUCUGUGGUGAGUCAGAUGCGGUGUGUCUGCAUGGAGUGAGGGAAGAGCGUUGCCCGCCUGUGGUGAGUGGUGACCGUUCAGCGCAUGGGUUGUGUGGUGAGUGAACAGACGAACGUGGACAAUCGCAAGUGCGGCAGUUUGGCCAAAUGUGCGAUGACAACCGGAUGGCCUCAUAUGUGUGAAAAUACAUGGAAGACUUUUAAUAAAUGAAGGGAAUAUCUUUUCUAGGCGACUUUCAGAGAAUUAGUUACAGUGAAUCAUUCCAACUUCCAGGAAAAGAUCUGCCUCAAUUGAUCUAUAAAGAACUAGCAUUUCCAAAGUAAGUCCUGUUUCUUAACUAUGGUUUUAUUAGAAAGCCAGUCCUUUCAAGUGCCUUUAUGUGGGAAUGAAUGGUGCUGUAGCCUUGAAACAUGUACCCUUCUGGUAACACUCCAUCUAUGAAGAAAUGGCAGAAUAAUGUUUUCUCUGGUUUCUAGUCAAGGGUACAAGGAUUUUUUAACUACCCCUUCCACUGUCAGUAAGAAAUCUAUUUUAUAGGCAGGGGCAGCUCUGCUGCAUUCCAUUUUAGAUGUUUACAAGGCAUGCUCUUGAGCUUUUUGCAUGAGUUGUGUAUUGUUGUUAAAUGUGUAAAGGAACCUGGUAAGUUCCUAACAUUGUAAACAGAAAAAGGGGGUGGGGGAGUACAGAUGCUUGUAAACAUCAGCAUGGGAUUAGCAGUUUUUCCCAUUAUUGUACCUCUUUGGUUAUACUCUUAAAUUCUUUGGUGACAGCACUUGUGUGUUUAGGGCACUAGAAUGGGAUAAGGCUGUAGUGGUUCUGUUGAUGGCAUUUUGAGGCAAAUGGGAUUGAAACUUCAAAUGCAUUAGGCCAUAAUUUUUUUCCCAAGUCUCAUGAAAAAUUGAUAGUAUCCCCAAGUAGCUGUCGGAGUUAGCAAUAAUAACUUUAAAUAGGUUACUGUUAACUUCAGGGGAUACAUAGUUUUCAGAUUGAAAAGGUAAAUAUUCCCCGUAAGCUUCUCAUGAAUGAUGUGUAAAACUGUGUGCUGCUGUGCCUGACUAUAGUGGUCUGAACUACAGUGUUUGUAACAGUAUCAGCCAUUUUUGGUCUUAUUACCGGUAUAUCAUAUGAGGGUGUCCUAUCUAAACGUGAAAAUCUAAUGUGGCCCAAUCGGCCUGCAGAUAUUCAUGUUUGCUGAUUGUUACAGUUGUAUGUUGAAAAGCCCUAAAUGUGCAGUGUGAUGAGGCAAGAAGUCUGCAAGUUUUUGGAAGAUAAUUAUUUUAACCCUUGGUCAGCAGUGUUUUUGACUGUUGAAAACUUGUGUGAAUGAAUGACAUGUAUUUGGGUUAAGCUUUUCUUCCAUUAACUUACAGGGGUUUUAGGUUUAGUGCCAAAUUCCCCUCUAAAUGGCUUAAGUGAUAGCCAUAAAAAGCACAGCUCGGCCAGCGCUAGGCAUUAUAAAUCUAGAUCUAUCUUGAAGUCAGUGUUAAACAGCAUAACAUUUGUUUUCAGCAUAUUGUUGAUUGAAUAUUAAAUAUUAGCUGUGUAUUAAAUGAAUGCAAAGAUUUGAAUGGAAUGUUGUAAUAUAAAACACUGCUCAAGAAGGAACUGAUUUUAAAAAUGCCAUAAAAGAUGACCACAGAAGGAAUAAGUUAAUUGCAGUCUUGUGACUGGUGAAUGUUUGACUGUGAUAAAAGGCAGUGUGAUAUGGCGCUCUGUAAGCAUGUGGUGCAAGCUGAGUGCAGUCCAGUAUUGUUUGUAACAUAAAGUUGUAUGGGGUAUCCUAUUGCUUUCACAAGAGCUGGAAAAAAUGGUGAAUAGAGGAGACAUAUGGGUAAUAGGGUUCCCAGAAUGUGAUUUAGCAUAUUUGGACUGUAAAUGGAAGGUGUGCAUCCAGUGCUUUUUCUCCUUGCCAUGUUAACACAUUUCCCACAUGUCAGAAACUUUGAGGAGUGGUGGUGGUAAAGCCAUACCAGUCUCUGUGGUCUGUCAUGCCCUUCCCUUCUAUCCUCCCCCCCCCUCCCUCCAGUAACAUGACUCAGUGACUGAGGGUGUGAGUGCAAAUUAGUCGUUCUUGAAGGACGUGUGACUGUGAUACUGUGUUCCUCUAGUGCAAAUGUUACUGUGCGUGUGUGUACAUUCCACCAAGCGGUGUAGUAUUUUGUAGUGUACAGAACAACAACAACAACACAAGCUUUACAGAUGAACCUGCUGCAGAUGUUCAGAGGUUAGCUGAUGUAGUAAUGUAACUGUUAUUGCCUCAAAAUAGAUGAGCUUUGUGUCUGAAAUUUAUUCACUAAAAGUUAUUCAUGACACGUGAUCUACUUUCAGUAAGUGUGGACAAACCUAGUGUAUAUUUUUUCACAAUCCCUGUUGAUAUAUGUUCAUUUAUAAUUUGAUUAAGCCAUUUGGUACUGUAAGGCUAAUAAGUUUUUCUUUAACAAACCCUGUACCAUAUUUACGAAUGCAGAAAUUUGAAUAAAUAAGUUUGAAAA